AUGAUCUCCUCAAUACACCUCUCCCUCCUCAUCCUCCUCGCCGACACAAAGGCCACCCAAGCCCUCACAAUCACCCCAAGAGACUCAUCCUCCUCCCAAACCCUCCCCCUAUCCGUCAUCAUCGGCAUCAGCAUCGCCGUCAUCGCCAUCUUCGCCCUCGCGACAACCCUAUUCGUCAUCUACUUCGCCCGCCAGGCCCCCUCCUCCCCGUUCCUGCACCAGCAGCGCCGCUACUACAGGCACGAGUUCGUCGUCUCCCCCAAGGACCUCGUCGAGCCAUGGAGCUACGUCGUCAACAACAACAGCGCCAACCGCUCUCCUCUCCACGGCGGCGGCGUCGUCGUUGGCGGCGGCGGCGGCGUCGUCGUUGGCGGCGGCGGCGGCGUCGUCGUUGAAGUCGAUGGCAAGGGCGCGACGACGACGGCGGCGGCGAAACCCCCUGCCCGCUUCAGCAUCAUCCAACUCACCCACGAUCCCCGAUCCGCCGUCCACGGCCCCGACAACGCCAUGCCCGCUCACCACGCCUACGAUCCCAACACCGUCUCAAGAUCCCCGAACCAUCUUCAAGGCGGCAGCAGCAGCAGCACGUCAGCAGGCCCUCUGUCACCGCCACAGCCGGCCCACAGACUCAGGCCAAGCACGCCGGACUCAUUCAUCAUCCAGUCCUACAAAUCCGUCGUCGAAGACGCCGCCCGCCAGUCCUCCUCCAACAACCGCCAAUCUCUCCCUUCACCUGCAGCAGCAGCAACACUCCCGUCUCCUCCAGAACCCUCGCCCUCUUUACCAACAGGGGGGACAACAAGAAGAGCCUCCUCUCUCUGGAGCUCCAGGCUCUCCUCUCUGUCUCUCCCCAAAAUCCAGCUCCCCAGGAGAAACAGGCCCCCUCGCCUGAAUCUUCUCGCACUGCAGCCUCUCGCCAUGGGAAAAGGAACUGCUGCUGACGGCGAGAUGCACAUCACUCCUCCGCUGCUCAACGACCCGAGAUUCGUCGACAGGCCGCUUGGCGCGGGGGUUGUCGUCAUCGAACGAAAUCCUCUGCCCUCUCCCGACGACGCUGAAAAGUACGCGGCUUACACGGAAGUUCCUCUGCCCAGCGGGAAGAGCGAAUUGUACGGGAUGUAA